UUACCUGAGAAUGAAAUGGCAGCUGCAGAACCAACUAGUAGGCCACCCUCAGGGUCCAAAAGUAUUUCUUCUUUUGAUCUUCCCAUAUACCCAAUUUUAAAACCCAACACAAAUACCAUGAAUAUUCCAAGGCCUAAAUCUGCCAAAGGUCGCAGUCGCCCCAGCUCUGCUUAUGUUCAAAGUCCAGAGAUUUGUUCAGAUCCCAUUCCUGUUCCAUCGGCUUUUAGUGACCUAAGCAACAGUCCUCCAUCUUCAAUUUUACAUCCACCCAACAGGAUUACUCGAGUGACUAACGAAGAUGUUCCAAAUCUUAUCCAUCAAAUUCCAUCUCGGCCAUCCUCAUCCUUAAAUAGGUACAGAGUUUUACCAUCCAUCGGAAGAAGAGAGUCCAGUGAAAGUGGAAUAAGGACUAUAGCACAACAAACCAAUAAACUUAAUCUGCAUGCAGGGCUUGAACAAAAUUUAAAAUCAAACAGGGAAAAGAAACCACCCCCACCACUCUCUAAGUCUAGAACUUCAACCACAAAAACACAGGUAUCUCAGAAUCCAUUACUCACUUUACCUGAUGAACCAUCAGAAUCUGAGCCACGAUUGCGACUUGCUGUGAGAUACCCAUCGGGCCAGAGAUUUGAACGCUGCUUCAGGCCUUCAGACACAUUACAAUCAAUCCUGUCUGUGGCUGAAUGGAAGAGUAAUAACAACUAUGCUAACUCUGUGGUUGAAACCAUGGAUGUGCCUAGGAGAAGUUUCAGUGACCUGUCAAAGACACUGGAGGAAUGUGGAAUUCAAAAUAAAUCAGUUCUUUGUAUCCUACAAGAUGAGGACAAUUAGUACUUAAUGUUUAUUAACAACUCCAUCCCUCCGUUCAAGAUAAAAAAGGAUGUGCAAACAAAAGUCCAGUCCAAUUUUUUUCAAAAUUCAAAUUUAAUUGCUAAAAGAUAUCUGAGCAUGAACCAAAUUGAUGGGGCACGUUCUAUGAUUAGAAUAGUUGUUCCUCACAUUUUAAUGAAAAGGAUGGUUAAAAGUCACACAAUGAUUGGUUUUGCAAUCUGAAUCUCUUCUGAGGACUUUUCAUUAGGUAUGAUGGUGUAAAGUGAUUAUGCACCUAUUGAGACAGUGAAGAAACCCAGUUAAAAGAAAAACUCAUGGAUAGUUUGCAACUUCAAAUGCAGAACAAGAAUUUG